UUUAAAGAACGGAAGUUACGUAAGGCGCAGAGAAGUGCGCAUGUCCAGUCUGUGACGUCUGUGCCCAUUUGUUCAUCCACCAUGGAGUCCGAGAGCACAGCUACGUCAGAGUGGAUUCAGUUUUUCAAGGAUGCUGGCAUUCCUGCUGGCCUUGCAGUCACAUACGCAGUUUCCUUUGUAGACAACAGAAUUCAAAAGAAUAUGCUAAUGGACCUCAGUAAAGACAUAAUGAUGGACCUAGGAAUCACAGUUGUUGGUGACAUAAUUGCCAUUCUGAAACAUGCCAAACAAGUCUACCGACAGGACAUGUGCAAAAUGGCCACAGAAGCAAUCUCCUCAGGACAGACCAGUGUGCAGGCUGAACUGCGAAGGACUGCCAAUACUCCUGCCACUCGCAUGAUUGCCAAUGCUCUAAGCCAUGACUCUCCACCAGCAACUCCAGUGCGACGAGGUGACAACCGUCUUUCUGUCACGGUAUCCAAUGUGCCGGGAAACAAAAAGAACAAAGCAGUUGUAAGUCAGCCAGCAGAUGAGGGGAAGAGUGUGCCUGCCAUGAAACGUCGACGUGUGACAGCUGAGAUGGAAGGCAAGUACAUCGUCAACAUGCCCAAAGGCACUACGGCACGCACACGCCGCAUCCUGGCUCAGCAGGCCAAGAAAGGUCUGAAGCGUACAUCUGUUUUUGCAAGACUUGGAGCUGAAUCAAAGUCAGACACAACUACAGCCAGUGUUAAGCCCACUGGAGUAUUUAGCAGACUGGAUUUAACCCGUGAAGAGGACCAGACAAAGCCAGCAUACAGCAUGAUCGAGGGGGAAGACAGCGAUGGAGAGGGAUCUGUACUUCAGUAUGCUGGAGUCCUCAAAAAAUCUGUUCCUGCUCCGAAGAAGGAGCCCACCGUCUCAAAGCCCACAACCCUGCGACGACUGGGAGGCAAAUUCAAACUGCCACCAUCUGACACACCUACCUCUUCCACCAUAAACGGCCUUCCCCCAGCAAAAAUGAGUGUUCUCCAGAGACUGGGCACACCUCCGUGCGCUGCCUCCCCUCCUAAUGAUGAACAGGACAACCGGGUUACAAGCACCAAGCCCAGAGCCCAAAAGAGACUGAUCAUCGCCAGCUCCAAAGUGAGCAGCAGCACUGGCGCUGGAACUGCAGGGGACGGGCACGGCGCUCAAAUGGAUGCAAGAGCUGUCAGCGUCUUCAAGAGACUUGGCAACAAAAACACCUAACACAUUAUUUUAUGUGUCUUUCUGAAGAUACAUCCGGAACUUGAUCUGGUCACCUCUUUUCCUGGCAUCACAAAGAUGUUGAUACUUGAUGACUGGAGUGUAUGACAGAGUGCCAUUGACUGAAUUUCAAUGAGUGAAAGGGACAGUAAUAAUUCUGCCUUAGCUCAUGGUUACUCACAUUUUACACUUUUAGAUAUUUUUUUUUAUUUAUAUUGCCAUUGAAAAAAUAUCCACUUUAACCUUGAACAAGACUGUAUUUGUUGGAUUUGAUUUUUAUUUAGAAAUUUCGUCACCUUGGUUAAUGCUAAAAAAAUAUUUGUAUGCAUGAGGUUGGCUAAUGUUACCUAUGUGGCCAGGCAUGUCCAAACUAUGGCUCAGGGGCCAAAUGCAGCUUUGAGACCAAUUUUUAUUGGCCCUCAGGUUUCCUCAUGAAUUGGCCCAAAAGUUUUAAAUAUCUAACUUUUAUAAACCCUAUAUCAAACAUGCAAUGUUUCCCAUUGAGGCUCUAAGCCUAAGUAAAUGUCUGGUGGUUCAGUCUAACCAGUGUGCUCCUGUUUUUAUUCUUCACUGUAUUUGACCACCAAUCUAUGGCUCUCAUCUGUGUUUCCCUUGAGGAGAAGGUUGGACACCCUUGACCUAAGCCAUUCUUACCUGCGUUUUGUUAUGCUUCAGCAUCCCAUUCUUAGGAUAAAAUAUAAAACAUUGUCCUAAACAGGACAAGAUGUAUGUAUGUGAUUAACUGGGGAAGAAAAACAGGACUUUUACAGAUUAACUUGUAAAUUAUUGUUACCUCUGUAUGAAUAGUUUAUUUUUAUUCAUGUUAAGAAAUGUACCAUAGGCCUCCUAACUUUGCAUAGACCUUGUAUUGGGUGAAUUUGUCAUAUGCUUGCAGACUACCCAGAAAAAAUUGUUUUAUUUUUUUCCUAUGCGGGUGUUAAUGUAACACCCUCCUGUAAGUGACACCUGUGUAUGAUUUAUCCUAAACAUUUAAAAUUUAUUUGAGAACACAUCCCAUGUUUUACUGUGCAGCAUUUUUUUUAAAUGGAAAAAAACAUGAGUUUGAAAAAAGAUAGAUAAAAAGCAAAACAAAUAAACUGUAUUUGAAAAAAUAA